CACUUGUCUACUUCCAUAUUUUUUCUUUUUAGGUUAGUGGCAGUAACUCUAAAAUAUUUCUCAUUCUGAUUUAUUGUUAUACAUAACAUGCAUUUGUUUUUCACAAUGAGAAAAGCUCGCUGGGACAAGUCACGUGGUAGGUUAAAUAAUGUGAAAUAAUAAUAAGAAUAAAAUGUUGCCUUAAUUGCAAAUCAGCACUCUUGCUUGCACAAUUUCCGGUCUCGUGACGUAUACACAAUACGUCAUGUAUGCGUAAAACUAUAAGGCGAUUGGCUGGGAAACCUCACGUGACAAACGCGGGGGCGCGUCCACUUUGACUCGAAAAAUUGAAAUUGGGCGAAUUUAUUAAUAUUAAAUGGCGACUUAACGCAACAUCGGCAGGUCGUUCGCGAAUCGGAGUGAAAUUCUAAAUCGGUGCGAAAGUGCGAAGGAGGUUCGAGUAGGCGUGUCCUCACCUGUGAGUCAGGUGGACGCGGCUGGACUAAAAGAAGCAGGAAGUGACUCGACGCCACUUUUGUCCUCGUUCGAGGCCAGUUCGGCUGAGGCUUUUUCUCUUGAAACGUUUGUCGUUGUUGUUGUUGUUGUUUUUUUUUUGUGCGUGAGUUCCAAAGUGGAGAUGAGCGUUAAGAGCCCGACCCUCAGGUGCGCUUUGUGGCUGUUCUGCGCCGGUUUGGUCGCGUCGUGCGACUGGAAGCAGGCGGACGUCGCCGACACGAGGCUGGACCCGAGCUCGCUGGAGGCCGGCGCUCGGUUCCUGUCUCCGAGGCUCGACGCGGCCGAUCCGGCGGCCUGCCGGGAGGCCUGCUGCUCGCAUCUGGAAUGCCAGCUGGCCUUGGUGGAGUCUCCUGUGGACGGUCCGCCGCGGUGCCUCCUGGUGAGCUGCUCGGUCGGCUCCCGCGACGUGUGCGUCCUGACCCCCGCCUCCCACGGCCUGGUGGCCGGCUGGAAGAGGCCGCCGGUCGCCGUGUACCUGGCGGACACCUCGGAAGGUUUCAGAAACGGCAGCGGCGACGCGAUCUGUCUGCAGCCGGCGAAGGUGGGCCCGUGCCGCGCCUCCUUCCCCAAAUUCUACUACGACUCGGUCAACCGGACGUGCCGCGGUUUCAUCUACGGCGGCUGCGAGGCCAACGGCAACAACUUCGACACCCGCGAAGACUGCGAGGCCGCCUGUGGCGGGGUCACAGGUUCCGUUCUUCCCGAGGAGUCGUCAGCGGCGCCACCCGCCGGUCCUGUCAAAUCUGUUCGAAUGCUGCAACCCUUCGCCGAACCACGAGCGCUGAGUGCCGACGAUGUCGUUGAGCAAAAAAUGAUCCCCGCCGACGAGUAUUCUGAGCGCUGCGAGGCGGAGCCGGCGGCGGGUCCGUGCAGGGCGGCGUUCCGCCACUGGUACUACGACAGUCGGCUGCGCCAAUGCAAGAUGUUCAUCUACGGCGGUUGCGGAGGCAACAAGAACAACUACGACAGCCAAAAGAGCUGCUUGGACGCGUGCCACGUGAGCGUUGUUCCCGCCCCCAAGAAACUCCUCCCAUCGGAUUCGCCGUCAGAAGAAGAAUGCUUGUCGCCUCCUGACGCGGGUCUUUGCCGCGCCGCCUUCCCCAAGUUCUACUACGACGGGGCCACCGACAGCUGUCAGUCGUUCGUUUACGGGGGUUGCGGCGGCAACCGGAACCGAUUCGACAGCGCCGAGGACUGCCGGACCCGAUGCGCCGGCGCCGCAGACGGUUCAUUUGCGGGCCGGGACAAGACACGCAGUCGCUGGACCGCAGGCUUCUUUGUUCUCCUGACCCUGGCGGCCGUUUGUACCGUGCUGGUGUCCGCCCUGGUGGUGACCAUGCUGCGGCGCGUGCGCCUCACCCGCAGCGCCUCCAUCGUCAGCGACAAGGAGGAACUUCUCCCGGACGUGCGCUCGUCUCUGGAGUCUCUGCGGGUCCCGGACUCGCCCGUCACCGCGGACAAAGCCUGAUCGGGCGGAGCCGCUCGCUUCAUGAGGUACACCCUCGGAUCGCAACCAGUACAAAUACAAAGUUAAAGAAAAAAAUACGAUGAACAGCCCUGUUUGACAUCAUACCCAAAAUUGAUCAAUAUUGUUAUAUUUUUAUUUAAAAAAAAAAUACAUAUAGGAUGGCAUUCAGUGGUGUACCUAAUAAAGUGUCUGCUGAGUUCUGUCUCUAUGCUAAGCUAAAAGCUAAAGACGAUGCAAAGUGAAAAUAGAUUCAUUUUCUAAUAGCAAUAAAUCGCUGUUUGUGCUUCGCAGUAUCAAUGAUUUUUGUUUGAUUGCUGAUGAGCGUUAGCAGCAUGCGUUAAACUUUAAAACUUUUAAUCAUUUUUACCGUCAACUUUUUGUUUUUGGUUUUACAUGUAGCAAAUCAGCACAUUGAAUAUCAAACACAUUUGUAAGUGACCGCUUGACCAAUCAAGUUAUAAUUUUUUUUUUUUUUUUUUAAUGUUUAUGACCUGUUUUUUUUUUUCUGAUCAUCAUUUGAGAUGAUUAUCACAGAUUUGUAGUUUGAGUGUAAAAAUUCAAUUUGUGCUGUUAAUGAAAUUGUGAAUAAAAUUAUUUCGAACGAU